UGGCAGUGUGCACUCUUCAGUGGAUGUGCAAGUCUCCAGGCAACACAGAGUAGAAGAAGAAGAACAAGAUGGCGGAACGAGGCUACAGUUUCUCCCUCACCACAUUUAGCCCCUCGGGUAAACUGGUCCAGAUUGAGUAUGCCCUGGCAGCCGUAGCAGCCGGAGCUCCCUCAGUGGGCAUCAAAGCUUCCAAUGGAGUUGUCCUGGCAACAGAGAAGAAACAAAAGUCCAUUCUGUAUGAUGAACAGAGUGUCCACAAAGUGGAGCCCAUCACUAAACACAUAGGCAUGGUCUACAGUGGAAUGGGUCCUGACUACAGGGUUUUGGUGCGACGAGCCCGGAAGUUGGCACAACAGUACUUCCUGGUUUACCAGGAGCCCAUCCCCACAGGCCAGCUCGUCCAGAGAGUGGCCUCUGUAAUGCAGGAGUACACACAGUCCGGGUGGGUAUACACAAACACUACAUAAUGGG